AUGGCUGGUGGAAAAAUCGUAGGGGCUGCUGUUCAAGGGAGCUCGCCGCUAGCAGCAGUACCGCAGUCAGAAGCAGCGUCACCGACCAUCGCCUCUUCCCACUCCUCCGUCAGUUCUGCUCCCAGCGAUGCACGAGUAACGCCCGCCACCUUUCCCCAUCCGCCUGCACAGAACACGUCGCUCGCCGCUGCUGCUGCCGCCGCUGGCGACGCCGCGCCGGGUGCUGCAGACGCAGCUCCGUCUGCUGACGUUGCUGCAGGAGCAGGUGAUGGCGUGCGCGUGCGUAAAAGCGCGGAAGCGGAUACGACAGGAGCAGGAGCAGGUGGGCGCGAGGGAGUGGCGAUAGCCGGCGGUGCUGGUGGAAGCGAGGCGGAGCAAGCGAGGGCGGAGCAGGCGAGGGCAGGGUCUGGGCAGACAGCGACGGGCGCGGAUGAGACUCGAGAUCGUGGUUCGGUGCCGGGGAGUGCGGGUAGCAAGGAAGCGGGUGAUGGUGAGAAGCUCGAGGAGCGGAGUUCCGAGGGGAUAGGUGGGCCUGGGAACGCGCAGCAGGGAGAGCGUGCGGAGAAAGGAGGAAACGCGCAUCAGGGAGGCGGUUCAGAGCAGGCACCUAGUAAGGACGGUGCACCUGGCGCAGCAGCCAUGGCGCCUAGUGCCACCAAUUCCAGUUCAGACCGCCCUGCCAACGACACUCACAUCAACGCCGCCGACGGCAGUGGUACCAGCAGCAGCACGAACGAGGACAAAGACAAGGAAAGGCGCAAGGGCGACAAGGACGACGAUAGCGACGACGACCCCAACUGCCACCACGUGCGCACCCUGCUCACCCCCGCGGAGCAGUGCGCAUAUGUCUCCACGCACCCGCCCUGCCAGCUGGGCUCCUGGGUGCACUACCUCUCGCUCUACUACUGCCGCUCGCUCUCCCUCACGCGAGGCAUCGCAGCGACGAGCAUGGCGGUGUGGCUGGGGGCGCUGUUCUUCAUGCUGGGCAACACCGCUGCGGAUUUCUUCUGCCCGUCGCUGGAGCAGCUCUCGCACCUGCUGCGCCUGCCGCCCACUGUCGCUGGUGUUACGCUGCUGCCUCUCGGCAACGGCGCACCAGACGUGUUUGCCAGCAUAGCAGCGUUCGUGGGCACGGGGCAGGGGCAGGUGGGGCUGAACAGCGUGCUGGGCGCUGCCACCUUCGUGUCCUGCGUGGUGGCGGGCGCCGUCUGCAUCGUCGCUGCCGUGGCUGCUGCUGCCCGAGCCAGGGCUGCAGGCUCGGCAGGCGCCAAGAGGCUCGUGGACGCCACUGUGGUGGACGGGCCCUCGUUCAUCCGAGACGUGUGCUUCUUCAUCGCUGCUCUCCUCGUAUCUCGCUUUCUCCUCCUCUCUGUCUUCCUUUAUUCUCUUCAUAAACGAUCCGCCUCUCACCCCGACUUCCUCCCCCCGCACAACCCCACCUCCCCCAGCACCCACAGCCCUGCUGCCCUCUCCUCCGCCCUCCCUGAGCCUUCCCACCUGCAGCAGCCACUGCUGCCUGUCGACCAGUGGGAGACCGGCGGAGGGAUGCGCCGGGCAGCCGGGGCGACGGCAGGGGACGGGUCAAAAAGGGGGAGGCCUGGCGGAGACGAGGAGGAGGAGAUGGAGGGGGGGGAUGGGCAGGGAGGAGAGGGCGGUGAGGGCAGGGAAGGCGGCGAGGGUGCAGGGCAUGCGCAUGCAUUACCACAGUGGAUGUGGACGAGGGAUGUGCGCAUCUUCCAAUUGGAGCCCCAGCACGGGGCGGGGCAUGGGGUAGCGGGUCGUGCUGCAUUCAUGGAGAUGGAGGAGGGCGCAGAUGGUGAUGCUGCUGGGGGUGUGCGCCCGCUCUGGGGAUGGGGCUCGGAUGAUGAAGAGGAGGAGGAAGAAGAGGAUGAAGAGGAAGAUGUUCUGCAUUCGUGGGAGCCCCCAUCAACCCCGCUCCUCUCUGCUCAGGGCAUCGCCUACUGGUUCUUCUGCCUGCCCGCCAUGCUCCCGCGCCUCCUCACCAUCCCCCUCCUCCCUCGCGACUCCCGCAGCCGCGUCCUCUCGCUCCUCUCCCUCGCCCUCUCCCCUCUCUUCUUCCUCCUCGUGCUCCAAGGCUCGUUCCCCUCCCCUCUGCCGCUCUCUCUAGCUGCUGCCUCGGGCGCUCUCCUCUCCCUGCUCGGCCUCCUCGCCUCCUCGGGUCCCUCUGGUGCAAAGCACCUGUCAGCAGCAGUCCUCGGGCCAGCAUCGCACCACCACCACACCCACCACCACCGCUCCGCAUCCCUUCGCAUCCCUCCGCGUCUGCUGGGGCUGCUGUGGGUGGUGCCGGGGUUUGUGAUGAGUGUAGUGUGGUUCUAUGUGGUGGCGAAUGAGCUGGUGGCGCUGCUGGUGUCAGGUGCUAUUGUGCUGCGAGUCAGCUCAUCGAUACUCGGACUCACACUGCUCGCAUGGGGCAAUUCUAUCGGAGACUUCGUUGCUAAUCUCGCUCUGGCGUAUGGCGGAAGGGCGAUCGGGGGGAGUGGAGGCGGGAUUCGAGGGCGGAGUGAGCGGGCGGCAGAGAGAGUGCAGAUUGCGUGGUCUGGCUGUUACGCGGGGCCCAUGUUCAAUACGCUUGUGGGGAUCGGCAUGUCUCUUGUUCUCACCUCCUGGCAUUCCUAUCCCCAUGCGUUUGUUAUCCCUGAAGACCCCACGCUGCCAUACACGUUUGUUUUCCUCCUUUUUGGGUUGCUUCUAUCGCUGCUGGUUCUUCCUCUCUCCGGCUUCCGCCUCACUCGCCCAUUGGGGGGAUCUCUUAUAUUUGUAUACUUGUCAUUUCUUACUCUAAGGCUGUUAGAUGUUGUGGGAGUAGUUACCCUCAAACCAUGGUGGUGA